GCAUUUUAUUUACUAGUUCGUUUCUCACUCACACCAACAACACAACACAAGCUACAGCACGGCACUACUACUAGCAUCACCCUCCACCAUUGACGCGUCCUUUGCUUGCUCCGCACGUCACAUCGCGUUUUUCUCAGAUUCACUCUCGCCGUCGCAGAUCCCAACAACCAUGGAUGGUUACGACGCCACCGUCAGGCUCGGCGCCAUCAACCUCAAGCACGGUCGCGCCGCCGAUUUUGACUCCGCCUCCCCCGACGUAUCCGUCUCCUCUCCGGUCACGCGCCAGAAAGCCGCCGCCGCCAAGCAAUUCAUCGAGAAUCACUACAAAAACUAUCUCCAAGGAUUGCAGGAUCGCAAAGACAGACGCAGAGCGCUUCAGAGAAAAGUGCAGGAGUCUCAGAUAUCGGCUGAAGAGCAGGAGGAAAUGAUGAGGAACUUGGAGCGCCGAGAAACUGAGUACAUGAGGCUUCAGAGACGUAAAAUUGGAAUGGAUGACUUCGAGCAGUUAACGGUGAUUGGGAAAGGUGCUUUCGGUGAGGUGAGGUUAUGUCGUGCUAAAGGUACGGGAGAGAUUUUUGCCAUGAAGAAAUUGAAGAAGUCAGAGAUGCUUAGUCGUGGACAGGUGGAACAUGUUCGAUCUGAGAGGAACUUGCUGGCAGAGGUUGAUAGCAGAUGCAUAGUCAAACUCCAUUAUUCAUUCCAAGAUUCAGAUUUCCUAUAUCUCAUCAUGGAAUAUUUACCUGGUGGUGACAUUAUGACAUUGUUAAUGAGGGAAGAUAUUCUUUCUGAAGAUGUUGCUCGCUUCUACAUUGCUGAAAGCAUUCUUGCUAUUCACUCAAUACAUCAACACAACUAUGUACAUAGGGAUAUUAAACCAGAUAACCUGAUACUGGAUAAAAAUGGCCAUUUGAAGCUUUCAGACUUUGGCUUAUGUAAGCCUCUUGAUGAUAAGUAUUCAUCAAUUUUAUUGGAAAAUGAAGAUCUUACUGGUCAAGAAUCAACUAGUGAAACUGAAGCAUAUUCUGUCUCUCCUUGGUUGAUGCCAAAGGAGCGAUUACAGCAGUGGAAACGUAAUCGCCGUGCAUUGGCAUAUUCAACUGUUGGAACUCUUGAUUAUAUGGCACCUGAAGUUUUGCUCAAGAAGGGCUAUGGAAUAGAAUGCGAUUGGUGGUCUCUUGGAGCGAUCAUGUAUGAGAUGCUUAUUGGGUAUCCUCCAUUUUGUUCCGAUGAUCCAAGGAUGGCCUGCCGUAAGAUUGUUAACUGGAAAACAUGCCUGAAAUUCCCUGACGAACCCAAGAUAUCAGCUGAAGCAAAGGAUCUGAUCUGUCGCUUACUAUGUGAUGUUGACUCAAGACUAGGAACCAGAGGAGUCGAAGAAAUAAAGGCUCAUCCAUGGUUCAAGGGUAUUCAGUGGGACAUGCUUUAUGAAUCAGAAGCUGCUUAUAAACCUACGGUCACUGGGGACUUGGAUACUCAAAAUUUUGAGAAGUUUCCUGAAGUCGAUGGCCCACCAUCUGUAACAGCAUCUGUUGGACCUUGGCGGAAGAUGCUGACGUCCAAAGAUAACAAUUUCAUAGGAUAUACUUUUAAGAAGUCAGACAUCCUUAAAUCACUUGAAAGUUCAGAUGCAGAUAUCAGAGUAAACGGAUCAUUGAAAACCCCUUCCUUGAUUACAUUGUUAGGUCAGAUUGAUUUGCAAGAUACUGUCAUACCAGAAAGUGAGCAGAAGCCAGAAGCUUGAAUCAAACUAACUUGUUUUACAUUUACUGGAUCUUGUAUGCUAUUCUUUAUGCUUGGCGUUUGAAGAUUGUAGAUGACUGAAUGUUAGCAAGCAUAUUCAUAAUUCAAUUACAGGUCUAGACUGGGCACUGGAGUAAGGUCAUGGAUCAUGGCGGGGUUAAUAUCAUGCAGCUCUGUUCUACUGCUCAAAAGAUAUGAUGCUAUCCUUUACUUGUUGAAGUGAGACCUGUGCUGUUCAUAUACAGUUCCGUUUCAAUCUCCUGAAAUCCAAUCAUUUAUGCUGUAAAGUAAUGAAGAAAUUUUGUCUAUUCUUUCUCUUUCUUUUUAUUUUUGUAUACAGAUAUUUUGAUCAUUUUUUUUUUUUUGCAACAAAUAGUGUGUUUAUAUAUACGUUGUCACACCCUACACAUCCUACUAAGGGCUAAUAUAUAUGGUUUGGGGGGAAAA